AUGUUUAAAAGAGUCUUUUCGACAACCCCAAUUAGAGCCACUGAUCCGCUUCUGGAUUCGGUGCAACAGGCCGUCAAGGCAAAAUACUCGCAGAGGACGUCCUCGUUUGGCAUGAGACUUGUCAAGGUCUUCCUCCCCACAUUGCUCGGCUUGACAGCGUACGUGGGCUACAACUCCUACAAUUCGAGACCGGCGUUCAUCCCGCUGCUGUACGCCAAAUCUUUGCCUCUGAGCCGGUCCAAGGAGUCCAAAGGCAUUGAUCUCGACAAGUUAAAGGCAAACACCAAGGAAAUCCUCCUCUCCAAACUAUCCAUGAACCAUACAAUAAAAAACACGCUGGGGCUUCCGCUGCAAUUGGGCGAGUUUCUGAGCUUCAAUGUCAAGAUUGAGUACAGAAACGUGUUUUUCGAAGGUCUCGAAAUCGACUGCACCAAAAGAUGGUUCCCCCCGGAGUUCAGAUGGAGCCACCGCGAGUUUGCACCAAAACUGAAGGACGACCUUAAUGGCUUGCUCGAGCCCAUGACUUCGGACGGGUCCUUAACGCUGGAUUCGGUCGAAAACCGUUACGGCAACAAGAGAGAUUACAACCUUAUAGUUGGCGGAUCUAUAGAGGCGUACUCUACGUUCGACCUGGUGUCGGAUGCGGUUGAUCCCGGAACUGCGAAGAUCACAUUCACGGGAACGAUACACUAUGACCAUAUCAAAUCUCUGAAAACAGACACCAUCGUCCUAUCAUACAGAUCAAACGGCCAGACAGUGGUGCACCAGCUGCUAUGA